AUGACAGAACCUUCUAAAGUCAUUCAUGUCCGAAAUGUGGGGCAUGAAAUUUCUGAAAAUGAUUUGCUCCAGCUAUUUCAGCCAUUUGGAGUCAUAACUAAGCUUGUGAUGCUUCGUGCAAAAAAUCAGGCUCUUAUCCAAAUGCAAGAUACCCCUGCUGCAGUAAGUGCACUGCAAUUCUAUGGAAAUGUUCAACCUGCCAUAAGGGGAAGGAAUGUCUAUGUCCAGUUCUCAUCACAUCAAGAAUUGACAACAAUGUAUCAGAAUGCUCAAGGACGAGGAGAUGAGCCAAACCGAAUUCUCUUAGUUACAAUUCAUCACAUGCUAUAUCCUAUAACAGUGGAAGUUCUGCAUCAAGUGUUUUUUCCUCAUGGAUUUGUAGAGAAGAUCGUCACUUUUCAGAAGUCAGCUGGUUUUCAGGCCCUAAUCCAGUAUCAGUCACGGCAGAGUGCCGUUGCAGCUAGAACUGCGCUGCAGGGACGCAAUAUUUAUGAUGGUUGCUGUCAAUUGGACAUUCAGUUCUCAAACCUUGACGAGUUACAAGUGAACUACAAUAAUGAGCGUUCAAGAGAUUUCACAAACCCCAAUUUGCCUUCAGAACAGAAAGGAAGAUCCCCGCAGCCUGGGUAUGGUGAUGCAGGAGGCGUGUAUGGCCUUCAAGGUACUGGAGCCAGGGCAGUUGGAUUUCCGCAGAUGGCUAAUGCGGCUGCAAUUGCGGCCGCCUUUGGUGGAGGUUUACCUCCUGGUAUAAGUGGGACAAAUGACAGGUGUACAGUACUUGUCUCAAAUCUCAAUCCUGAUAAAAUAGACGAGGAUAAGCUUUUUAACUUGUUUUCCAUAUAUGGAAACAUUGUGAGAAUUAAACUUCUUCGAAACAAACCAGACCAUGCACUUGUCCAGAUGGGUGAUGGCUUCCAGUCCGAACUGGCAGUACACUUUCUAAAGGGUGCAAUCCUGUUUGGGAAGCGAUUGGAGGUCAACUUCUCAAAGCAUCCGAAUAUAACCCAAGGUGCCGACACACAUGAAUACAUGAACUCAAAUCUCAACCGCUUCAAUCGUAAUGCAGCAAAGAACUACCGCUAUUGCUGUUCGCCAACAAAGAUGAUCCACUUGUCUUCUCUUCCCCAGGAAGUCACUGAAGAGGAGAUUGUGAACCACCUAGAGGAAAUUGGUACCAUUGUAAACACGAAGCUCUUUGAGAUGAACGGAAAGAAGCAGGCGUUGGUUCUGUUUGAAACUGAGGAGCAGGCCACUGAAGCUCUUGUGUGCAAGCAUGCUACCUCGCUCGGUGGGUCAAUAAUCCGAAUCUCCUUUUCGCAGCUACAGGGAAUAUGA